UUUUUUUUUAAUUUCCUUUACAUAUUUUGUAUACAGUUAUUGACACUUUUUUUUUUCUUUUUCUCCAUGGCAAAGAAACACCAAAUAUAUAUCAACAAUGUUAGAAUUUAUUGUUGCAACACUUGUCAUUCUCAUCUCAUUCGGCAAGACGACAUCAUCUCUCGGGCUUUUCAAGGACGUCAUGGACCUGCUUAUUUUGUAGAUCAAAUUGUCAAUAUUACCAUAGGCGCCAAAGAAGAACGCAUGCUAAUGACCGGGAUUCAUAGUGUGGCUGAUAUUUAUUGCAUGAUUUGCCAAACGAAACUAGGUUGGAAGUAUCUCCAUGCUUUUGAAUCCAAUCAAAAAUAUAAGGAAAACAAGUGUAUCAUCGAACGAGCCAAGAUCGCAAAAGAAGUCUUCUGGGAUUGACCUAUGUCAUCUCCUUCACCUUAUAUCUCUCCCUCUUCUGCAUUUUGAUAUCUAAUCUUCAUCACAUAAUUUCUUUUUAUUUUUAUCCACACUAUUUAGAAUAUUAUUUAUUUAUUUAUCAUACAUAAAAAUGAAUAAAAAAAGUAAAAUAAAAUAUGAUAAACUACUACCAUGGCU